UAGCUGACGCGCCUCCAUAAUGCGUGGUCGGUCUUCAGCAUCAGUCGCUGUUGAACCCUCGUCUCGCGAGCAACUGUGUGACCGGUGAAUCGUAACGAGCGCGAACACACCAGACGAAAAAUGGCUACCAUUACGAGGUUAUCGAUCAUAAAAUUCCUUGAGCUGGUGUUGGUAUGCAUCCUUAUUGGAUUGCACUACCAUUCCUUCAACGCGGGAGACCAUCACACUGCGAUGAUAACCAUGGGUACAUUUGGUGGAUAUCUGAUUAUUCUAGUCGGUGCGUUCAUCGGCAGCGUGAUGGGAACGCCAUUGAACCGCCGUAUAGACCUCUUCUUCUCGCUCAUCGGAUGCGCCCUGUUCAUCGCUGCAGGUGCGCUGAACAUCGACUUCUUCCAGAAGUUAAGCCACAAUUCGUCGUUCCGCGACACCGGCUUGGCCAAGGGAUCCAUCAGCAUCAUCGAGGGCGCCCUCUUCCUCGUGGACGCAUUCCUCACGUUUCGCGGGGAGAACUGAAACAAACCACCUUUAAUUAACGACGGGGACUGCACGACCGGCAAUCGGUGUUAACCACAUUCCGUGAUCGACGACGAACGCGGAAUUCUCUAAUCUGUAAAGAACGGAUAUACUGCCAAAGACUUUCCCGACGUGUGUAUUGUCCCGAGGACAAUACACACGUAGGAUGUUAACAGAGGACAAAUUUUCCGCGACCGAAUAAAAAUCCUGCGCAUACUGCUCGGAGCUUCGCGGAUUUUUCCGAAUCGUGCGCAAAACAACUUACGAAUCCUUGCGAAAUAUCAACGAUGUUCGCCAUUUGUCACGACUUCUCGCAGGAUAUCUUGCGUACACUGAACGAACGAACAAGGAACGAACUGCGAACUUUCGUUGUUACAAUUUGGAAAUUGUGUAUACAAAACGCGCCGUAACGAAUCCGAAUAGAACGUUUCGAACCGAUUUGCUCAUAAAAUAGUUUAUCAAAGAAAGUUUGUGCGCGUCUAGACGCGAAUAUACACAGAAAAGUGCUAAAUUCAAAUAAAUAAUUACGCCAAUACUCCUCAGCAAAUUUUUACUUCAAUCAAGUAAUAUUUACUUAAUAAAUAUUUUCCAAGUAAAUUAUCCAAGUAAAAUAUUUACUUGAUCUAAUUGUAAGUAAAACUUAUUUGAUCCAGAUAAAAAUGUAAUAACAAUUAUUGAACUAAUUAUUUAUUUGAAUCCCAAGUAAAACAGAAAAUGACGAUAGGAUCAUGUCAAUAUGUUGUCAAAUAACGUCAAAGUGACGAGAAAAUGAUUGUAAAAACUCUCUUUUCGAUCAUUUUUCUCAUCAUUUUGACGUCACCGUCACUUUCUGUUCUACCUGGGAUCUAAUACUUUUCUAUGUAUAUAUUCAUAUUACAUAUUCGUUGUUCGUUCGCUUAGCGUAUAUUCACCUUUAUGAAGGCAAGUCACAAAACCAUUCGCUUAAUUCGCCGGAGAAUGCAGACUCGAAACUGUAUCGAAACUUCCUCGGAAUAAAUUAUGUGCUGCACACUCUGUCAAUAAACAGAUAUACAGAUUCUCAGUACACCUUCGAGUCGAUCGCGUCGCGCUUAACUUAAAAUGCGAUGCGGCUUCGCAACGGUGCCUUACCGAUAAUAGUACAAAAUGUAACGCGGAUCGUGUAUAGGAAUGGUGGGAGUUGCGUGCAUGCACAUUUAUACGUUUAUAAACGCUAAUACUAAUAAGAAGCGGCAGUCCCUUCGUAGAAGCAGGUCACUUGGUAUUGUAAACGUUAUUAACGUGCUCAUAUCGCACUCGUAAGCUUAAGUCCAUGUUAUCAUGUUAGAUACGACAAGCAGCUGCGGUAUAGAGGUGGAAGAAGAAGAAAAGGACGGUAUCAUGAGACACUCUUUAUUGUACAUUCGCGUUCGCGCGUAUAUCUCGACGCUUGGAACAUUCGUCGCGACGAUCGUAUCCGCUCGCCGUCCUCUCACAAGCAUUUCGCGUGUGUAUUUAUCUUUGAUUUGUACGUUUCUACGUUAAGACCUCAACAAUAAAAGGAAAUAACGAAACAAAAUGACGAAAAAUAUUUUCGCACCUUGUCCUGCCGCCAUCGCCGGCGACACUUCCUCCUCCCACUCCGGCGGGAGCGGCUCGUUGCAAAACGCGAAAAUAUUUGGACGCGACUUGCACGCACGCACUCUCGCUCGCUCGCUAUCGCGUUAUACAAACCAGACUCAGCUCGUUAUACAACAAAACACAGGAAGUUUCACGUGACGUAACUUUUGCUCGGAUCUGCAUGAACACGUUGCUUUCAGCCAUUUUGGAAACGAAGCUACGUUACGCAUCACCGCUUUUUUUUAUAUAGGUAUUUGGUCUGUAAAUUUCUUUCUUUGGAAUCUUCUCAAAUUUU